GCAACGACAAACAUCUAACUGUCAUGGGAGCUCCAUCAUAACAAGAAGCAGACUGGUAAAACUGUGAUAAUUAAGGAUUAUUCUUGCUUUAAGGACUGUUGGAAAUAAUUGUGUAAACAUCAGCCCUGUGUCCAGCCAAUCACAAAGCAGCUGGGGUCACCAGACAGGAAGUUACUGACUCUGGCUUCAUGGAUGAGGAGCUGAGAGGAGCCAUGGCAGAACAGAGGAAAACAUCCAAGAGAUGACACCACCCAAAUAUGCCGACAUAGCAGGCUGAUCAUUUGAUUGACAGCUCACAUUCACACAUCCUCCCUCUUGACCCUGCCUUCUUAUCAGCCGUCCAGCCAUGUUGAUGAGGAGGAAGCUGUGUGUUGCGGUGGUGAUCGCUGCCAUCCUUUUCCUCAUGCUUGCCACUCAGAGUAUGCAGGGGAAACACUUCCUGCCGCUGUCAUUGGCCCUGCCCAUCAGCCGGGCCACGCCCAUUGACGAGGAGAUGGUUGGUCGACCGACAGUGCCUCCUUCUGGUCUCACACCUAGAUUACCUGCAAAGCCCCCUCUACCAGACACCCCCAAACCUGAGGAAGAGGAGGAGUCUUUAGGAGACACCAAGACUGAUCAGAGCAGGUCUUGUGGAUGUCCCGAGUCCUGUAUUUCAGACCUGGAGGGCUCAGACUGGUUCAGCCAACGAUACGAUCCCAAACAGCAGCCCAUCAUCAAAGAAAACAACAACAAUUUUGACCCCAGUGCAAUUAAAUGGUGGCUGGGUCUGCAGCGUUCAGGAAACGACCAGACGAUAGAGCAGGUGAUGGAAAAGAUGUUUAAGAUCGUUUCCCCACCAACUGAAGAUUUCAAGCCCUCUGCCUCUCGAUGCCGUAAAUGUGCUGUGGUUGGAAACUCCGGCAACCUGCAGCAGUCAGGACACGGCAGCCUGAUCAACUCCCAUGACUUCAUAUUCAGGAUGAACAAAGCAGUGACCCGUGGAUACGAGAAAGAUGUCGGAAAUCGAACCACGUAUCACAUCCUGUACCCGGAGAGCGCGGUGGACAUCAGUCCUGGCGUCAGCCUUGUCCUGCUGCCUUUCAAACUGAGAGACCUGGAGUGGCUGACCAGUGCGCUUUCCACUGGUGAAAUCAAAAUGACGUACAUGAGAGUCAAAGAGAGAGUGACAGCUGAUAAAGACAAGGUUCUUGUGGUCAACCCGGUCUUCUUCAAGUACGUAACUGAUCGAUGGACUGAACACCACGGUCGAUAUCCGUCUACAGGCAUGCUGGCUAUCAUCUUCGCUCUGCAUACCUGUGACCAGGUUUCUGUAUUUGGUUAUGGUGCCGACCAGCAGGGUAACUGGCAUCACUACUGGGAGCAAAAUCGCAAUGCCGGAGCCUUUAGGAAAACGGGCGUCCACAGCGCCGACUACGAAACGGAGGUCAUCCACCGGCUCGCCAAGGAGGGAAAGAUCAAUCUGCACCUGUGACACAACCACUGACCCAUGCGUCUGCUGAUCCACGCUGAUGGAUCUACACUUAUGGACUGAAUGACCAGUGGAUCAAUCGCCACGAGACCACGAACCAGCGGUAUCUCGUCUGGGUGACUCCGGCUAACCCAGCUUUUCUCUGGCACUGAAAGACACAUUUAUGCGCUGGAUAUCUUCGCCAGAUUCAGAGCGUUUUUGAGGAUAUUCAGACAGGAAUCAAACCUGUGUACUUAUUGCACGUCAAUCAUGACAUCUGCCUUAAAUCAGCCAUCCUGAAGUAGUAGAUUUGUAAAUACUGGAUUAUCUUUUGAUGGCGCCUUAAUGAGUGGGAGGAGCUCUCUUCCAGUGAAACAUAUUCAUCCUGCUGGUUUCAAUGCCUUUGUUUUCGGGACCUCCACUCUGUAAACAGACUUUCCUGCCAUUUGUGACUGCGAGGAUCGACCACACAAGUUUUGCUCUGAGCGGGAAACAACCACAGACUUUUUAUAUCUUUUUUUAUGGGAAUUUAUAAACAUUUUACAGGGAAAACCUCUUUUUUUAAUCAAAGCACUUUUGCCCUGAAGAAGAAAAAGCACAAAGAAGCAAUGCUGUUGCUUUUUUGUCCAAAUAGAUUAACUCUUUUUUUGUAUUUUAUAUCAUUUAUAAUCCAUCCGCUAGUUUUAAUUCAACCAAUCCGUCCUGAUAGACUUGAAAUAUAAGCAGGACUUUUUUUGUCACAAAAUGCCUUUAAAACUUCCUGUUUUGACCAUAUAUGGAGAUGGAAGCUGAGUAGGAGGAGUCUGUGAUAGGUUGUUAUCCUGUGUUUGAGGAACAGUCUGCAGAUUUUCAGGGUAUGUCAUCAUUUGUCAAAAAUAGAAACAGUAUAAUCAUAUUGUAUUAAUUUUUAUGAAAAUUUUUGUUCAAAAAAUGUGUUAAUUUGGUCGUAAAAAUAAGCUCAAACUGAGCAAUUUAGCUCAAAAUAUGACUUUAGUAAAGCUGCAGACUGUUUAAGCUAAUGGAUGAAGACAAGGAGACCAUGCACGACUUUUGAGUAAAGAUUUAUUGAUGAAAAUCUACAUGAACACGGUCAAACAAUCAGUAAGAUCACCACUGAGUGAUGCAUGGAUGAGUGGAAGAUUAGUGCAAUGUGCUUUCAUAGAAAUAAUCUAAAGAGCAACCAAAAAAUAAUCAACCAUACGAAUGAAGAGAGACUGACCAAUCCGGGGGCAGCAGAGGAGUCGUCUGCUGUCUGCCGGACGUCCUGUUAAAGGGAGAGGACAGCCUGCAGAGUGCUGUCUCACCUGUACUGUGAAUGUACAAAAAACUGUUGCUGAUUGUCAAUCACAGUCGUUCGAGUGUUCGUGGCCUUAUUCACACAACGAGGAGAUAGAAGAUUUCACACUGGGGUGGUUUGAGUCUGAAUCUGAGUUGUCUCUCCAGCAAUUUCAUAUUGCUCUUUUCCUCACAUUUUGGCUUCACUGAACACCAUUUGGUCCUCCAAAUGUUUUUUUGCACCACGUUUUUAACAUCAAGACAUAACAAAGAUCUAAUUUAGCAGUUCAUGAGAAAACGUUGUAGCCUCUGGGAGCGAGAGCUGACUAUUCAAAGCCUCAGGUAUAACAAGUGGGUAGCAAUAAGAGACUUGCAGCUAAAAUGUCCUUUUCCAUGUGUUACCUUUGUUUACUGUGAAUAGAAACCUCAGAAACACGAAUUCAGUGAGCGUUCAGAAACAGCAUGUUAAAGCAGAUUAACGACUACACAUGUAUGCAGACAUCUGUUAAUGCAUCUAGAAAGGCCACCCAAUAAAUCUCUAAAACUGAA